AUGUCCGGCGGUAUAGCCAUUGGUCGAUUGUCUGAGGAGCGAAAAGCAUGGAGGAAGGAUCAUCCAUUCGGAUUCGUGGCAAGACCAACAAAGGCUCCAGAUGGAACCCUAAAUUUAAUGAAUUGGGAAUGCGGAAUUCCAGGAAAAAAAACAACUCCUUGGGAAGGAGGUUUGUACAAAUUGCGUAUGUUGUUCAAAGACGACUACCCAUCAUCUCCUCCAAAAUGUAAAUUUGAACCCCCACUAUUCCAUCCUAAUGUCUAUCCAUCUGGAACAGUCUGUUUGUCUUUGCUUGAUGAGGAAAAAGAUUGGAGACCAGCUGUUACAAUUAAGCAGAUCUUGCUUGGAAUACAAGAACUGUUGAAUGAACCAAAUGUUAAGGACCCAGCACAAGCAGAGGCUUACACGAUCUAUUGUCAGAACAGGGCUGAGUAUGAAAGGAGAGUUCGUGAACAGGCCCUCAGGUUCAGGGACCCAUCCUUAGGCUGA